GACAAGCUUGCGGCGUGGCGGAUGCUGGGGAGCCGAUGCAGCGAAUGUGAACGACCGAGACGCUGUGUCUUGGCCAAAUACGAAGAGGGCAUCGGCAGGGAUGUCCAUGCUGGUAUCUCGGGGGUUGUUGGGCGUGAUGCAGGGACGUCGCGGAGGGGCAGCCGGAGAUCUUGAUGCGACGAGACUCGGACGGAGAACCGAGCGACGGCCGAAGCGGUUAGAUGCGAAAUGCAGCCGAGACGCAGCGAUGGUGGGUGCGGUGGCUGCGAUGCGAUACGAUGCGAUGUGGCAGUUGCGGUCCCAGAGGCAGGCCAGAGCGACAAUGUCGUCCAAGGCCAAGCGCAGCCCCGAGACGAGACAGGUCGGGCAUGCGGCUGGCUUGGGGCGUUGUUCGCCGAAAGGUCCUCUCUUUGCCCAUCGCAGCCGCCGGCCGAUCCGCCAGCCUAUCCACAGCCGCACUCCGAUCCGGCAGCCUCUUUCGCAGCCUCGAUGAACUUUGAGGAUCGCAGCGAGUCCCAGCAGAACGAAAUCCUGGCCCUGGAGGCCAUAUAUGACCAGGACCUCAAGCGAUCACUGGAUGGCACCAAGGAAAUCUUCACCGUCAUUGUCCGCCCUGACUUGCCCGAGUCCGUGCUGCUCUGUCCGGCUCCCGAAUCCUCCCCCAGCCCCGACGUCAGCGUUGGCCCCACGGUCGCGCAUCUGCCGCCCAUCCGCCUCCAGUUUAGCUUCCCGCAUGGAUAUCCAGAGAGUGACCCGCCAGAGCUGAAGAUCUCCUGCUUUUGGAUGACAGAGUCGCAAAUUGAUGGCUUGAAAAAAUCUCUGCUGGAGCUCUGGAGCCAUGAGCGAGACUCGAUCAUAUACACGAUCGUCGAGUAUAUUCGGUUCAAUGCUCUCUCUUUUGUUGCGUUCGAUCCAGAGUCAAACCCGGCCAGGCUGUUUCUUCCUCUGCAGCAAAGUCAAGGUGCUCGCUCUCGAUUGAGCGACCACCAGGACGACCCUGCUAACUCCAACGACGCCAGCGUCGAUAGGACUCGAGUCGAUAUCAGCCAGCCCGCGGCCGACCAGCUGGAUCGCGACAUGCUCGGGGAGCUGAUGCAGUUUGAUCUCAUCGAAAGGCGGCGUGUUUUCGAUAACACCACCUUCAAAUGCGGCAUAUGCCUCGACUACUUCUCUGGGUCAAGCUGUCAACAGUUUCGAGCCUGCCAGCACGUUUUUUGCAUCGAGUGCCUGCAUGGCUACAUGAUGGCGAUUAUGAAGCAGUCUGCCGAAACUUGCCAGCGCAUCAACUGCCCGGAUCCUGACUGCUUCAAAUCAAGGUCCCGCGACGAGCCCGAGGACUACGAAACGAUCGGGGCUGUCGUUGGUCCGAUUCGACUACGGUGGCUCAAGACCAUUCGCGAGAAGGAGACCGCCAUCAAGACCGGACUGGUUCCGAGAGCAUGUCCUCGACGAGGAUGCGGGACCGUCAACUACCAGGCCAAAACAACCAAGCUCGUUGAGUGCAGCCGCUGCAGAUUUCCGUUUUGUGGAUACUGCGGACUGACCUAUCACGGCAUCGCCAACUACUGCCCUUCGGAUCCCGAGUAUCUGUUACAUAUGAGCCAAGUGCAGGAAGCUGUCGAGCUCAAGGCCGCCGUGAGAGACCUUGGCAAGAGCGCCGAAGAGUACCUCGAGUUUCUGGAGCAGGCCCGCAAAUUCAAACCUGCGUCGCGGGGUCCGAAACCAGCAAGCGAAAGUAACCCGAAUCCCGAUCCAGAUGAUGCCGAUGUCCGAAUUGCCGAGGUUCGAGAGCUUUUGGAACCCUGGAACGCUGCUUCAGAGAAAGAAAAGGUCGGGCUGAUGAAGCAACAGCGUUUCAUUGAUCUCCGAGCGAAGAUUCGCGAAGUUAUGGAGGACAGGCUGUCGAUGACGAUUGUGUUGGCGUCAAGUCGGCAGUGCCCGGGCUGUGGAGCCCGGAUUCAAAGGACAGAGGGCUGCCCACAUAUGACCUGUACAAUGUGCUUCAGCGAAUUCUGCUACGUUUGCGAGGCCCCGUACGGCAAGUGCCGGGGAACAUGUCGAGACAAAGGAAUGCCCUAGUCCGCACACUGGGCCCUGAUGAAACGUGGCCUGCCGUGACGGCUAGGGCUGAUCAUGGCCGCAGCUCCUGAACAGCGCUCGUUGAUAGUCCCUUUUUGAUUCGCCAUCGUCAUAUCGAUCGCCAUCGUCAUAUCGAUCGCCAUCAUCAUCUUGCUGCCCCAGCCGUUGUUG